CCUGUAUGAAAGCAAAUAGAAAGAGGCGGUCAGAGGCUUUUCAGAAAGCUGUGUGAUUUGUUCAGCCGCGUCUGCGUCCUUCCGGCGUCGAGGUGGAAGCGGGUGGGCUCGUGGCAGGGCGGUGCUGGAGGUUGAGUCCGGCUCCUCAAGCGGCAGUCUCGUAGUCGCGCCCCGGCGAGAGGCGGACCGCCCAGCGGCUGUGAGCGAAGAUGGCGCUGUCGGCCGCCGCGGCGAGGGUCUGGGGUCCGAGUCGAGGCCUGGGCCGGGCCAGCCUCCUGCUUCUGCAGCGACUUGGCGCUCGGGGAGUGGCCAGCUCUGUGAGUACCUGCGGCCCCGAGGAGUCUUCUCUCAGUAGGAUUAAGAAGCACCACAGGAGGCAGCAGCAGGAGUUCUCGUCCCUGGACGACAAGCCCCGCUUCCCAGGGGCCUCGGCGGAGUUUGCAGACAAGCUGGAAUUCAUCCAGCCCAAUGUCAUCUCGGGGAUCCCCAUCUACCGGGUCAUGGACCGGCAGGGCCAGAUCAUCAACCCGAGUGAGGACCCUCAGCUGCCCCAGCAGGAGGUGCUGAAGUUCUACAAGAGCAUGACGCUGCUCAACACCAUGGACCGCAUCCUGUACGAGUCCCAGCGGCAGGGCCGGAUCUCCUUCUACAUGACCAACUACGGCGAGGAGGGGACGCACGUGGGGAGUGCAGCCGCCCUGGACAACACGGACCUGGUGUUUGGCCAGUACCGGGAGGCAGGUGUGCUGAUGUAUCGGGGCUACCCGCUGGAGUUGUUCAUGGACCAGUGCUACGGCAACAUGAAUGACCCGGGCAAGGGCCGCCAGAUGCCCGUCCACUACGGCUGCAGGGAGCGCCACUUUGUCACCAUCUCCUCUCCGCUGGCCACGCAGAUCCCUCAGGCUGUAGGGGCAGCCUACGCAGCCAAGCGGGCCAACGACAACAGGAUUGUCAUCUGCUACUUCGGCGAGGGGGCCGCCAGUGAGGGGGAUGCCCACGCCGGCUUCAACUUUGCUGCCACCCUCGAGUGCCCCAUCAUCUUCUUCUGCCGGAACAACGGCUAUGCCAUUUCCACACCAACCUCGGAGCAGUACCGGGGGGACGGCAUCGCGGCCCGCGGCCCCGGCUACGGCAUCAUGUCCAUCCGUGUGGAUGGCAACGACGUGUUCGCUGUGUACAAUGCCACCAAGGAGGCCCGGCGGCGGGCGGUGGCCGAGAACCAGCCCUUCCUCAUCGAGGCCAUGACCUACAGGAUCGGGCACCACAGCACCAGCGACGACAGCUCGGCCUACCGCUCGGUAGACGAGGUCAACUACUGGGACAAGCAGGACCACCCCAUCUCGCGGCUGCGGCACUACCUGCUGAGCCGAGGCUGGUGGGACGAGGAGCAGGAGAAGGCCUGGAGGAAGCAGUCCCGCAAGAAGGUGAUGGAGGCCUUUGAGCAGGCGGAGCGGAAGCUGAAGCCCAGCCCCAACCUGCUCUUCUCCGACGUAUACCAGGAGAUGCCCUCCCAGCUCCGCAAACAGCAGGAGUCCUUGGCUCGCCACCUGCAGACCUAUGGGGAGCACUACCCCCUGGACCACUUCCAGAAGUGAGCCUGCGACCCCACCCCCCACCCCCGCCCUGCACGGAAAGAAGAGCUGGUUGAUACCACUGCCUUCCUUCCAGCCAGCACUAACUGGAACACUGGGGAGGCCAGGGCUGUGCCAGAGGGGUUGGGGCCCCACUCCCCACCUGGGAGCCCCUCUAGGCUGUGACCUCAGGACGUGACGGUGGUUACAGCACCCUCUCUGGCGGGCAGGCUGGCCAGGCACCUACAGGACUAGAAGAGGCCUCUGGACGGGGUGGGCGUGGCCUGGUAUGUGGACCCAUAGAACGCGCUCAAAGAGAGGACUGUGCAGCAGAGGUUGUGAAUAAACAGCUUCUCUGCUUUUGGCUCGA